CUUUUUUUUUUCCUUCCAUAUACCGAAUCUUCAGAUCUCCUCGUGAAGCGAUUUGGCGUGUAGGCGUCGAUCAAGCGCGUUCAGUGUCUGAUCUGGCGUGGAUCUAUCGCUAUCAAACGUCCACGGAGGAGCUUCCUUUGAGUCUGAUCAACAGGCACACACAUACACAUACACACACAACCCACCACCUUCUUCGCCUGUGGCUCAUUAUUAUUCUAUUCUAUCUCUCGCCAACAUGGCAGCGGAAGAACAGUCUUCGCCCAAGGCGGUCUUUGGCGUCGUCUCAUUCUACAUGUUCUCAGCCCUCGUCAUGGUCAUGGUCAACAAAUGGGUUCUGAACUCGUCUUCCCUUCCCCUGACAUUCCUCCUACUUCAACUCGUCAUCUCUGUCGUCUGUCUCACUCUGCUAUCCUUCUUACCGCCCACCAGUCGAUUCGCUUUUGUUCCCCCACGUUGGAAUCGAUCCAUCAUCAUUGCCGUCGCUCCCGUGUGUACGGCCAACGUCGUGGGAUUAGCAUUCAACAUCUACUGUCUCAAACUUGUCGACGCUUCCUUCUUCCAGGUCGCCAGAGGUCUCACACUUCCCAUGACGGUAGUCCUUCAAAGUGUCAUGACGGGUGAAAGGCCAACGUGGGGAACCGUUGGAUCAUGUGCGAUCGUCACUUGGGGAUUCACUCAUACCUUCCUACCGACGCCUUUCAUCAGUUCAGCGAGUACCAUCGCGCCCUCCGAAGCUCAGGUCUCGUCUAGCGUCCUGUCGAGCUCUGAAGCUCCCGUCCUAGGGAUGGUAUUCGGUGUGUUGUCAGCCGCCAUGGUCGCCAUUCACGCGGUAUUGAUUAAAUCGGCCUUGAAAUCGGUGGAUGGGAAAACACUCGACUUGGCUUACUGGUCAAACGCACUUUCUGCACUGGCUUUGCUGCCCGGUAUCUUGGUAUCGGGCGAGCUGGCAGGCCUCCCAAAGUUAAUCAGAGGAGAAGAUGGAAAUUUGGGCGCUUUUGCCCUGGGCACAUUGGUCACUGGACUCGUCGGAUUCCUCAUAUGCGUUGCUGGUCUCCUGUCCAUCAAGGUCACUUCCCCCGUCACCCACAUGUUCUCCUCAGCCGUAAGAUCGGUCUUGCAGACGCUCCUCGGCGUUUGGCUUUUCCGCGACAUCAUUAACGCGAGUCGUGUCAUGUCCAUCACCCUCAUUCUUACGGGCUCUCUCCUUUACACCUGGAUCAAGUCGCGUCCAAAGAACCCUCAACCGCAGGCUGAAAGUACUCCGAUGAAAGACCUGGCAGAACAAGAAGGACUCUUGGAGUCGACAAGUCAGAAUGAACGAACAGAGGCAUUGCUGAAGCCCGUUGAUCUCGAAUCUGGUCUCGGGAGCGAAGCUCGCAGGAGAAGCUCGGAGCCCGGUUUUGAGAAAUCUCGGAGAGAUUAGGCUUCACCGUGAACAACAUCAUAAAAGCGUCGUAUCUCCCAUUCAUCGCAUAAUAGCUAC